CCUCUGACGGGCAGAGAAGAUUACUACUGUGCAGUUUUAAAUAGUGGAUGUAUAGGUCUGGGUAUACUAGAUACUCAUUAUCAGGCAGCUGAUUUAGAAGCGAUUGAAGCAGCGUAUGAUGGACUGUAUGGCAUCACAAAAACAACUAUCUCGUUAACAGUACUAAUAGGAGACAAAGCAUAG